AUGGCCGCAGAACAGCGGAAGCUCCUCGAGCAAUUGAUGGGCAAUCCCAUCUCAUCCCGUGCCUCCCAACUCUCUCUCACGGAUCCCAAAGUCUGCCGCUCCUACAUUGUAGGCACAUGUCCUCACGAUCUCUUCACAAACACCAAGCAAGAUCUUGGCCCCUGCCCCAAGGUGCACAACGAGGGCCUCAAGACCGAGUACGAGAACCUGCCCCCCGCCCAAAAACAGCGACACAACUUCGAAUGGGACUACAUGCGCGACUUGCAAAAAUACAUCGACGAGUGCAACCGCCGCAUCGACUCGGCACAGAGACGUCUCGAGAAGACACCCGACGAGAUCCGACAGACCAAUGUCCUGCUCAAGUCCAUCGCCGACCUGUCCGAGACCGUCAACAUCGGCCUGUCCGAGAUUCACGUCUUGGGCGACUUGGGCGAGGUGUCACGCGCCUACGAGGAGUUCUACAAGGUUCGGCUGGCCCUGUCCCAGAAGGCUGAGCGCGAACGCGAGCUCAAGGCACUGAGCGACACUUCUGGUCCCUCAGGCCACCAGAAGUUGCAAGUAUGCGAUGUGUGUGGUGCUUACUUGUCGCGACUGGACAACGACAGGCGUCUGGCCGAUCACUUUUACGGAAAAAUGCACCUGGGGUACGCUCAGAUGCGACGCACCUUCGACGCUUUCCCCAAGGAAAUGCGAGGUACCAGACCGCCGCGCGGCCCAAGCGGUAUGGACGAUGGUCCUCGUGGAGGAGGGGAUGACGAUUUCAGAGGCCCAAGAGGUCCCAGAAGAGGCGGUGGUUAUGGUGGCGGUGGUGGUGGUGGCGGCGGCGGCGGCGGACGUGGUGGAAGGGGUUUCAGGGGCGGAUGGUAA